AUGAUUGCCCACCUCGUCAAGCAGGACGAACGCGGCGAGAACCACAAGUCUCAGCUCAAUGCUUUCUUUGAUGUUCUUGAAGAGCGGUUCCUCGACAUCAACCCCUACUGCAGAUGCAGAGCAAUCCAAGUCUAUGUCAAGCUCUGUGAUCUCGAGCAAAAGUUCCCCAAGCGUCGGCAGCGCGCGGCUGAAUUAGCUUGCCGAAGCCUCGAAGAUAAGAGCAGUCACGUUAGAAGGAACGCUAUCAAACUCCUCGGCACUCUGAUCAAGACACAUCCCUUCACCGUCAUGCACGGCGCACAACUUUCGCGCAAGGAAUGGCAGGCCCGCCUCGACAAGGUGGACGAGGAACUUGACGCACUGAAGCCCCCUGAGGGAGCUGGCCUUGGCGAGGACAAAGCAAACACUACAGUUGACAACGAAUUGCUAGACGACGCCACACAGAUCGAGCAGUCGCCUCAGAAGCCUAUGACUGAUGAACAGAAGUUUGAAGCAGUUCGUAAGGCGCGCGAGGAGGCCGCCACUUCCGAGGCGAUUGAGAAGCUUACCCUCACAAAGCGGUACUAUUCAGAGGCACUGAAGUUUAUUGACGUCCUACACAACGCCACCGGCACUGUCUGCCAGUUGCUGGGCUCCAGAAACAAGAGCGAAGUCAUCGAGGCCAUGGACUACUUCGAGGUCGGCGAUGCCUACAAUAUUGAACAGAACAAGGUCGGCAUUCGCCGCAUGCUGCGUCUCAUUUGGACCAAGGGUAACAGUGAUGAGGGCAAGGGCGUCCAGAGCCACCUCAUUGAUGUCUAUAAGCGCCUCUUUUUUGAGGCACCCGACUCCUUCAGCUCGAACGAUGCUGCCAACUUCAUUGCUCGCAACAUGAUUAGUCUGACCUUUGGCGCAACUCCCGCCGAGCUCACUUCACUGGAGCAGCUCCUUAGCACCAUGAUGAAGGGUGGCAUGAUUCCUGAAAUUGUCAUCGCCAAGCUCUGGCAAGUCUACGGCGUUCAGAAGCGAGAGAUCUCCAGGACUCAGCGCAGGGGAGCCAUCAUCGUUCUUGGCAUGCUUGCAACGGCCAGCCCCGAGAUCGUGGUCGGAGAAAUGGAGACAAUGCUUCGGACUGGUCUUAGCUCUCAUGGCCGCGCUGAUCUCCAGUUGGCCAAGUACACAUGCAUUGCUCUUCGGCGCAUUAACCCUACCGGCAGACAGGCGAAGGAAUCAACCGUCAAGUUCUCUCGUCUUCCAAACGAGCAUGCUGUCUUGGCCAAGCUGGCAGCCAUUACCGAGGUUCCCUCAGAGAGCAAGGAAUGGUACGGCGUGGCCGAACAGGCCAUCAAUGCCAUCUACGCCAUUUCCAAGCACCCCGACAUUCUCUGUUCUGAGAUUAUUCGCCGUAAGACAAAGCGAGUCUUCGCAGCUCCUUCAUCCAGACCAUCUUCCAGAGAUGAAAGGGCGUCUUCGCGAGACGAGACAGCGUCCCGUUCCUCGCGGGCAGAUAGCAAAGAGCUGGAUGUUGACGACGCAGCCAGCGACAGCAAUGAGACUGUCGUUCCUCAACCUAGGAAGCGUGACGCUGCUAUUGGGCUUUCCCAACUUCUUUUCAUUGUUGGACAUGUUGCCAUCAAGCAGAUUGUGCACCUCGAACUGUGCGAACUCGACUUCAAGCGCCGUAAGCAGGAACAGGAGAAGGAGAAGACAGCAGACAAGGCGGCACAGGCAAGCGGAAAGAAGGAUGAGCCUGAUGACCUUGAUCUCAUUGGCGGCACGACUGAGGAUGACUUUACGGAGGCCAUGGCUCAUAUUCGUGAGCGAGAGCUCUUGUAUGGCCCCGACUCACUGCUGGCCAUGUUUGGUCCUCUGGUGUCGGAGAUCUGCGCCAACAACACAACCUACGCCGACAAGGGAUUGCAAGCCGCUGCAACACUCUGCCUUGCCAAGCUUAUGUGUGUCAGUUCCGAGUACUGCGAGGCCAACCUGCCGCUCCUCAUCACCAUCAUGGAGCGCUCCACCGAUGCUACCGUGCGCUCCAAUGCUGUCAUCGCCCUUGGUGACAUGGCAGUGUGCUUUAACCACCUGAUUGACGAAAACACCGACUUCUUGUACCGCCGUCUGGCUGACAAGGACCAGUCUGUCAAGCGUACUUGUUUGAUGACGUUGACCUUCCUCAUUCUUGCCGGACAGGUCAAGGUCAAGGGCCAGUUGGGCGAGAUGGCCAAAUGCUUGGAGGAUGAGGAUCGCCGUAUCGCCGAUUUGGCACGGAUGUUCUUCACCGAGCUCAGCACCAAGGACAAUGCCGUUUACAACCACUUUGUCGACAUGUUCAGCCUGCUGUCUGCGGAGAAGGACUUGGAGGAGGAGAGCUUCCGUAGGAUCAUCAGAUUCCUCUUGGGCUUUGUUGAGAAGGACAAGCACGCCAAGCAGCUGGCCGAGAAACUCGCCGCCAGACUCACACGUUGCGAGACCGAGCGGCAGUGGAACGACGUUGCCUUCGCUCUGGGACUUCUACAGCACAAGAACGAGGACAUCACCAAGACCAUCUCUGAAGGAUUCAAGGUGGUUCGGCUCGCCGCGUGA